ACAGAGAGUUACAGAAACAGCGAUGUCUAAUUUGUUAAAGAACAAAGGGUCCCUUCAGUUUGAGGACAAGUGGGACCUGAUGCGCCCAAUUGUCCUCAAGUUACUUCGCCAGGAAUCUGUAACGAAGCAGCAGUGGUUCGACCUUUUCUCAGAUGUGCAUGCAGUCUGUCUGUGGGAUGACAAAGGCCCAGCGAAGAUCCAUCAGGCUCUUAAGGAGGACAUUUUAGAUUUUAUUAAGCAAGCCCAAGCGAGGGUGCUCAGUCACCAAGAUGAUACAGCCCUUCUCAAGGCCUACAUUGUGGAGUGGAGGAAGUUCUUUACACAGUGUGACAUACUACCUAAGCCAUUUUGCCAGCUUGAGAUCACCCUUAUGGGCAAACAAGGAAGCAACAAGAAGUCUAAUGUGGAGGACAGCAUAGUGCGGAAGCUGAUGCUGGACACUUGGAAUGAAUCAAUUUUUUCCAACAUCAAGAACAGGCUGCAGGACAGUGCAAUGAAGCUGGUCCAUGCAGAAAGACUUGGAGAGGCUUUUGACUCCCAACUGGUCAUCGGGGUUCGGGAAUCAUAUGUAAACCUGUGUUCCAACCCUGAUGAUAAGCUGCAGAUCUACAGGGAUAACUUUGAGAAGGCUUACUUGGACUCCACCGAGAGGUUCUACAGGACUCAGGCACCCUCCUACUUGCAGCAAAAUGGAGUGCAAAAUUACAUGAAAUAUGCAGACGCUAAGUUAAGGGAGGAAGAGAAACGAGCACUACGGUAUUUAGAGACGCGACGUGAAUGUAACUCUGUUCAAGCACUUAUGGAAUGCUGUGUAAAUGCACUGGUGACUUCAUUCAAAGAAACUAUUUUGGCAGAAUGUCCAGGCAUGAUUAAACGCAAUGAAACUGACAAGCUGCAUCUGAUGUUCUCACUGAUGGAUAAAGUGCCUAGUGGAAUUGAACCCAUGCUUAAAGAUCUAGAAGAACACAUAAUCAGUGCUGGCCUGGCUGACAUGGUUGCUGCUGCUGAGACCAUCACAACUGACUCAGAGAAGUAUGUGGAGCAGCUUCUAACCCUGUUUAACCGCUUUAGUAAACUUGUAAAGGAGGCUUUCCAGGAUGAUCCUCGAUUUCUUACAGCUAGAGAUAAAGCUUACAAAGCAGUUGUAAAUGAUGCCACAAUAUUUAAGUUGGAGCUACCUAUGAAGCAGAAAGGAGUGGGCCUCAAAACGCAACCUGAAUCCAAGUGUCCAGAGCUGCUAGCCAACUACUGUGACAUGCUGCUCAGAAAGACACCGCUUAGCAAGAAGCUCACCUCUGAGGAGAUCGAGCUGAAAUUAAAAGAAGUGUUACUGGUGCUAAAAUACGUCCAGAAUAAGGAUGUGUUCAUGAGGUACCAUAAAGCUCAUCUGACCAGAAGGCUGAUCCUGGAUAUUUCAGCCGACAGUGAGAUUGAGGAAAACAUGGUGGAGUGGCUCAGGGAAGUUGGUAUGCCAGCUGAUUAUGUUAACAAGCUGGCUAGAAUGUUUCAGGACAUUAAAGUCUCUGAGGAUCUAAACCAGGUCUUCAAGGAGAUGCAUAAACACAACAAGCUCGCUUUACCAGCUGACUCUGUAAAUAUAAAGAUCCUGAAUGCUGGAGCAUGGUCCCGCAGCUCAGAGAAGGUCUUUGUUUCACUUCCCACUGAGCUGGAGGACCUCAUUCCUGAAGUUGAAGACUUUUACAAAAAGAACCACAGUGGUAGAAAGCUCCACUGGCACCACCUCAUGUCUAAUGGCAUUAUCACAUUUAAAAAUGAAGUGGGUCAGUAUGAUUUGGAGGUGACUACCUUCCAGCUGGCGGUUCUUUUUGCCUGGAAUCAAAGACCCAGGGAGAGGAUCAGCUUUGAAAACUUGAAGCUUGCCACCGAGCUGCCUGAUGCCGAGCUUAGACGUACAUUAUGGUCUCUCGUUGCCUUCCCAAAACUCAAACGGCAGGUCCUGUCAUAUGAACCUCAAGUGAGCUCUCCCAAAGACUUCACAGACAGUACACUGUUCUUCGUCAAUCAGGAGUUCUCCUUGAUAAAAAACUCCAAGGUGCAGAAGCGCGGUAAGAUUAACCUGAUUGGCCGACUUCAGCUGACUACAGAACGAAUGAGAGAAGAGGAGAACGAGGGCAUUGUUCAGUUACGAAUUUUAAGAACACAGGAAGCUAUUAUUCAGAUCAUGAAGAUGCGAAAGAAGAUCAAUAACGCCCAGCUGCAGACCGAGCUGGUGGAGAUCCUGAAGAACAUGUUUCUUCCCCAGAAGAAGAUGAUCAAAGAGCAGAUCGAAUGGCUCAUCGAGCACAAGUACAUCAAGCGCGACGAGUUGGACAUUAACACCUUCAUCUAUAUGGCGUAGCGCAAAGGUGCUUAGCGUUUCAAUCACAAUAAAGUCGGUGAACAUGCAGCAGCUCAGCAGUGGAAGACGAGUGCUGACACCACAGAAAAAAAACCAUGCUGGCUGCUGUGGAGUGAUGGGCUUGUUUUCUAGCAGUCACACAUCACCAGAAUAGCUUGUUUUCAAGAAAAAAUCCCUGCCUUACCUUACAGUAAAGAAACCUGAGAUGAGGAUGGGAGAUUUCAGUUGAAAAACUAAACACACACAAAAAAAUGAACUA